ACACAACACCAAAUACAAUAUAUGACUACAUAAGACUAAAUGCGGCUAGCCGACUACGUCCCAACAGCUAACCUGCUACCUGCUACGCUAGCUAGCUAGCCUGAUGAGAUGCACUGACGGUUUGCGACAGCGCCGCCUCCAUUAUCUUGCUCCAUAGUAACAAAACGCAUACUUCCGUAGUUACAACAUCCGGGACAUUUGGCGUUUAUAGCAACCAAACAUAAUGCGGAAGAGCAAAUACCACAAUGUUAGACGUUAUUAUCAUAACAAAAUAAAACAUACAGAAGGCGAACAAUUUUCGUUGGACAUCAAAACAACAAACCAUACGUACGUAUACCGUCACAUAGAAAUUAAAUGAACAGUAGUCACUGGUGUAUUCAUGUAUGAUACUCUCUAAUAUAUAAACUUUUUUUUUCGUAAGUAUCGUUGGCUUUUCAAGUUGAUGAACGCUUUUUCGGACUUUUUGUCACAGAUUGAACGCACCAUAAUGGAAACUACCUCCAGGCCUGAAUCAGCUGGAUCUUCUUCGAAUAUAAACAUAGAGGGCCAGUUUGAUAUAAAUGCCACUGAUGAAGAAAAGCAAGACCCUGAGCUCCAGAAGGCCAUUGAGGAAAUGAGAAGACUUGAUGAAGUACUUUCUACAUGCAUGUGUAGACUAAAAAAAACCAAGAGUCAAAGGAAAGCACUCCAAGCACAACUGUGGCAAGAGCUAAAGGAAACUUUUGAAGGAGGCUGCUCUGAAAGUAGCCAUGAAGCGAUGAACGCAAGGCUGUUUAUGGCUUUAGAAGCACCCGUUGGGCCCCCAGUGAGCGACGACUUUGUGACGGUGUUUCAAACUCAGUUAAGUGACUUUGAACUAGACAGAAGACUGCAACGCUUACUUGAAAGUGACGAGGUAUCAGACAACUGGAGCGACGCGUCGGAGUCAGUGUGCGAGGAGACAGCCGAAGAGAGCCACGGCGAAGACGCCAAUGGCAAGAAAAAACAGAAGAACUUUGUCAAGAGGAACAUUGAGCUAGCAAGUGGCAAAGGGGGCCAAGUGCUGUUGACACAGGCAGAGGAAGAGCGCCUGGCCGAGCUCCUGCGAGACAUAGAUGAAGAGGAAGAGGACGGUGACGCAGACAACGGGGAGAACAUGUGGGCCUUGCCGGCGUCGACGAGCCAGGGUUACGUCCAAGGUAACGCCGACCUGGAGCGACUCAAUGCCAUUGACGCUGAACUCCGUGUUUUCCAACUACCUUCACUGCAAAACUCCUUCAAUGAGGCGUGCGGCUCGGACGUACGGACGAAGCGCGAUGGUGACGUUCAGCCAGGAGACAAGGUCCUGCAGGAUAUCAAGGAAAGGAGGACACACGAGAUGCAGCUCCAGGAGAUCCAACGGCAGCUGGACCUUCUGGGCCAAGACCAGGAGAUGACAAGUGAGUCAGAGGCCCUCAGUGAGCAGCAGUUACUUAGCCUGCUGGAUGGAUGCUCGUGAGCUGAGAGCCAGGACCUUGAAACUCACACAUGGACCUCCUACAUGCAAGGCCCUGCUGUCAAGAUGUCCAUCAAAUGACACGGCGUCGCUGAGAUCACGCUUUAUGCCUUCAAAGUCGGAAACGAAGUGUAGUGGAUGCACACAUAUUUCAUUGUCACAAUAUGUAACUUUAGUUCAUAAAACGAUGAGUGAUUCACUGCCUUUUGGACACCGUGACGCUUUUGUAUGUAAAGACACAUAAAUAAGAUGUCAUAUGUUGAAAAAAACGUUCCAUGUUGUACACAUCUUUCCCCAACAGAAUCAAUACAUUUGUGGAAAAAAUGUUUAUAUUCAUGUUGAUUAUUCAGCAUGAGGAAAUGGAAUUAACAUACUGUAAGUAUAAUUUAAGUUAUUAAACCUAAUCACCUGGUAUUCCAACCACAAAAUGUUCCCAUCGCAGCACAAAUGCAGUUAUAAUCUGUCAGUGUGUCCAUAAAUGGGAUUUCAUAAUCACAUCUCAAUUAAAAAAUUACUUAUAACU